AUGGAGGACGGCGAGACACCAUCUGGCGCAAUAUCGGCCCCAACGGCGACGGCAGAUUCUUCAGCGGAGCCUCAAGCACUGACUCAAGGCGAGCAACCGGCCACGACGAACGGAAACGAUCAGUCGAAUGCCACCGGGUAUGAAUCACAACACACGCUAGCUACCGAUAACAGCUUGGUCCAUCCUCCUGCUGCCUCGAAUCCUCCGUCACAGCCUUCUGUGCCACCGACAGAAGCCCCGGAUCCCGUAUAUCAGCUUGCGGCCGCAAGCUCUACCCUGGAUUCAUCUCAAAUCGGAGCUGUUGACCAUGUUGUACAGCUUCAGGCCCUACAGCAGUUCAAUAAUGAUCAGGGCCCAUUUAACCCCAAUGCUAGCUUAGCAUCUCAUGCUGCACAGGCUACUGCUCCUCCUACAGCUCCAGCUCCCGCAGCCCAAACUCCCGUGACCCAUAUCACCCAGUAUUACGGCGAGAUCCCAGCUGGAGGCUUUUCUGACGGUUUCGAAUUGGUAACGGAUGAGAGCGCUGCAAAUCGCAUGAAGCGAGAUGUCAAGCGAAGGACAAAAACAGGCUGCCUUACUUGCAGGAAGCGCCGAAUAAAGUGCGACGAACGGCAUCCAGUGUGUCGAAAUUGCGAGAAGAGCAAGCGAGACUGUCUUGGAUACGAUCCAGUAUUUAGAAGCCAGCCAGGACCCUCGUCGCUACAGCCGGCGCCAAUAGCACAUCCCUCGCUGCAAGUUGCGCCUCAGAACCCUCAUCAGGCCGCAGGGCUCAACCAGACGUAUCUUGCAACUGGCACAGCGCAUUCUGUAUCUCCAACUGUCAAUACAGCUACGGGCUCAUCGGCCUCGCCGCCCCAGGAGAAGUUUGACUUUGGCACAGAACCAGAGCCUACUCCCCUAGCAACAGCUCAGGUAGCUCCAGCAGCACCAACAGUACCGAUCACCGCUUCAGUCGCGCAGUCGAGAAGUGUUACUCCGAGAGUGGCUGAAAGCCACCCAUUGAUAGCUGCCUCAACGACCUUGCCUAACUCAGAAAAGAUGGAACCGAGACAACCCAAAAUGUCUGAAUUGCUAUCAAUUGGUGGUUUUGCGCUACCGGAAGUUGAUACCAAUCCUCUCUCACCUACAAAGCUGGAAGAGGUAAAGAUGUUAUACAAGAUCUAUGCUCAAGGAAUGGACCGCCUGCUUGAAUGUAACUGGUACGACACGCAUGGGCUAACCCGCUUACUUGGAAACCCACGCCUACUAUCACUCUACUCUUCUCUUCUUGACGGUUUCACCGAUCCAAACAUACACGAUGUGUCGGUGAUUACUCGAAUGGAAUCAUUUGAAAGCAAUGUCAUCUGGGAAAGUCUUUGCCUGUGCCGUUCAGCCCGAGCUCUGGAGCCGACUAAUGGAACCGACACCUCAAACUCCACGGACCCUCAACUCACAUAUGCUGUCAAACGGCUAUCUCUACUCGAAGCCUUACUCACAGGAACCGUGCUUGAAAACAAUCCGGUAUCUCGUCACAACUACCCGGAAGAUGAUCCAGCUGCCACCACAUCCGGGUUGAACGCACAGAUAAAAAACCGUCAGCUUAAUUUCUGGGAGUCAAUGGGAGAUUACCUGUCAAUCCCGGACAGUGACCCAGAUGCAAGCAACAAACGGGACAAAGCCCUCUUUGCGGCUCGUGCGUUCCUUGAUAUGAUUGAAUGCCGUGAUGUCGUUUACUCUAUUGCCGUUGUCAGAAACAUUUCCAAAUUCCAACCCCGAAAAUUCAAACUUCCCACCGCCUCUGACGAAAAGGACCCAGCUGCAAAGUUAUAUGUAGCAUGUCGAUUCCUAGAGGAUGAAGUUCGUGGAAAAGCGACUAACCAGAUCACUCGGCGUAUCUCUCAGCUAACCGUCAGAUAUUGGGACGAACCCUACAAUGUCUGA